AUGGCUUCUCUUGUAUUGCUUUUGUCUGAGCUUCUGAUCAAACACCAUGAUGCUGAAACUUGCUACACGUCGUCGUCUUCAUCAUCUUGUUCUUCAAGACCUUGUUUGUCCAGUGGGGCAGCAACGGCAGCAGCUGAUGUGGCGGCAAAAAGGGUGAUCGGAAAGUCAUGGAGAAAUGGAUUUGGAGGGUAUCGCAGGGAGGAGGAUUUGGUGGAGGAAGAUGAAGCCGAGUCGAUGCUAAUGAUGUGGCAGAACAUCAAGUGCCGUCAAACCUCAGGUACUUGUGAUAACCUGCAGCAAGCUCCGCAUGCGAGGUUCAGUACCCUCGCCUCGAGUCGCUUGGCUUCUCAGCCUAACUCCAUUAUAUCGGCAAGCUCCGCAUGCGAGGUUCAGUACCCUCGCCUCGAGUCGCUAGGCUUCUCAGCCCGACUACAUCAUAGCGGCAAGCUCCGCAUGCGAGGUUCAGUACCCUCGCCUCGAUUCGCUUGGCUUCGCAGCCCAACUUGUUAUAGUGGCAAGAUCUGCAUGCGAGCGGCAAGAUCUGCAUGCGAGGUUCAAUAUCCUUGCCUUGAGUCGCCUGGUUUCUCAGCCCGACUCAAUUAUAGCGGCAAGAUCUGCAUGCGAGGUUCACCCGACUCCAUUAUAGCGGCAAGCUCCGCAUGCAAGGUUCAGUAUCCUUUCCUUGAGUCGCCUGGCUUCUCAGCCCGACUCCAUUAUAGCAGCAAGCUCCGCAUGCGAGGUUCAGCUCUCUUGCCUCGAGUCGCCUGGCUUCCCAUCCCAGCUCCACUAUUGCGACAUGCUCUGACCAAUGAGGCUCAAAGGUUUUCAACCUUUGCCUACAUGAUUCCACGCAAUGCUCUCUUGUGUGAUGUAUCUACGAUCGCUGGCAGCCAAGCCCGAUCUAUUCCAUGCGAUGCUCUCCAGCGUGACGUAUUUACUAUCGUUGCAAGGUCACUCAUCAAGAAGAGUGCUAUCUACAACAACACCACCACUUAUAAUCAAUCAACAUCUAUAUUGUCUGGCUCUUAG